AUGGAGAAACCAUCAAUUGAUGAUGCGGAGCAUUCGCSCCCGCCAUAUUACUACACGCCAUACAUAGACAUUGAACUCCAAUUCGACCCGCUCCAGGCUGACCCGCUGCUCCAGAAAUCGCUCGUGCUUGGUGAUAGCGAUAGCGACAACGAAACCGACAAUCUGGAAGGGGAUGCUACGUUUACAGACACGGAUAACGACUAUCCCUACGCGUACGGCCAUUAUCAACCUCGACGCGGAUACAAAUACGGAUAUCAAACACUCAGUAUGACGACAACGGCAACGACAACGGCGUCGAAUAGCUUGAACAAGCGCAAAUUCGUGGCGCCUGCAGCUGCACCAGUAGCAACUGAUUUGUCAGAUGACACGUCUGAUGUGUCUGGGCGGUUUGAUGACGCUGAUGAAUCUGAUGUUAUGCAAGUAGAACCUGCUUCUGUCGUUCCUGCUGUAGACGAAAAGGUUGAGGACAAUAAAUCCGUCCACUCCGCCAAAAGAGGGAGAUCGAAUGGCUGGCCGCUACAGAGCGAGAUUGCUUACGACGAAAAUGGCAUGAAGAUUGAUUUGAGUGCGCGCCGCAACACGCCUACGCCUACGCCUGGUAAAGCGAAAAAUCGCGCUGAGCCGGUGUUGAGGAUUCGUCGCUCUAGGUUUAUCGAGGGGAGUAUGAAUGAUCGUGUUAGCGAGAAGCCGCCUAGUAUUUACUUUCAGGAGGAUCAUCAUCGCGCCCAAGGAAGUGAGGAGGCCACCCAGAGUUACUCGCAGGCGUCAACAGUGGAUAAAAAACUGGAGAAACGAUCGUCUGGGAUCUUUCGUUUUGGCAAGGCUAUUGCCUCUGCUUUCCACCCCUUUGGCGCAUCAAAGGGAAGCAGCAAGGCGGAGCAAGACAGCGUCGCCAAAUCGCAAAAGGAGAUUAUGAAGCAGCGGCAGCUCAAAGCGGAGAAGGCUUAUGCUGAGUUGAAAAAGUCGGGAUACAAAGGGACUGUCGUUAAUCCUAACGUCAACUUCAGAAAUCAAGUUGAUGCGGGUAUUGCCGAUGAGACUUGGAAAUCCAUUCAGGAGAAAAUGGGGUACAAACUGCCUGAUGAAAGUCGCAUUUCUCAGGAUGAUACUCUUGUCGGUGUAAGCGGUGACGGGCUUGGACCUAUGUCUCCGGACAGAGGGGUGUCGAAGUUGAAGUCGUUUUCGGAGCUGCGAAAGCGGACUUCGAAUCUCAGUAUUCCGGCGCUACGGUUUCGUGAUGUGUCUCCUAUGAGCAUGCGGUCGUCGAUGGAGAGAGACGGCGAGCAGGAUAAUAGUCCGCAUCGACCCAUGGAAAGACGCCAGUCACGCAAAGAGCUACACAAACAAGCUAAGCUGUUGAAGCGGGUUAGCAAUCUGGAAGACAAGCUGGAGCGCGCUCGACGAGAAUUGAGAGAAUACGGCCCUGGUAAUGAUAAUGAAAGUCAGAUGCCUAUCCCGAAAAUCUGUGUUGAUGACGAGCAUGACCGUCAUUUUGCACCGGGUACUCUCCCAACGCUGCUUUCCGAGCGACUUCUCGAGGCAGGCUACGUUCAGGGAACGAGCCAAAGGACCGCAAAAUGGCCACCGGUCGAUAGUCUGUCGCGCAAACGCAAGUCACCUGUUCCUAUGCCUGUCGAUGUGGUGCAUGAUACCGAUGUCGAAGAAUACGACGCCGGCUGCGGGAAGCCUGAUGAUGAUGAUGAUGCUGCUGCUGACAGCAGCAGCAGCAAACCACGACUACGCAACACACUCAAAUCCGCACGCGACAAACGCGCUUCUAGUCUAACCACCAAAGCCAGCCAGCGGUUAAAAGCGAAGCAGUCUUCUCGGAAUUUGCGUGCGGCAGCAAGCACAACUCCGACUAAAGAAGAGGGAAAGUGCUUACAAGAACAGGAAGGGAACAAGUCUACUACAACGACGCCCUCAUCGACCUACAAAAGUCGGGGGUUGACUUACGGCAGUGAUCAUGAGAAUAUCCCGCCUGUGCCUCCUGUUCCAAAGGAGUUGCUGAGUGGCAAGUCUCCUUCUAAAGAGAAGAAUGUACUUUCUACAAUCAAGGCGAGAAUCCCGUCAAAGGAGUUUUCAUGGCCCGAGGAUAUAUUUUGA